AUGUCUAAAAUAUUAAGAUAAGAUUACGAAGAGGUGCUUAAAAGGAAUCCUAAUGACAUUAAAUCUAUGAUAGCAUUAGGUUGUUAUUCUUUUGAUUUAGGUUAAUAACUCUUACAAUAAUAAAAAAUGAAUUAAGCACUUUAUUGGUUUGAUGCAGCUAUAAGUUUGGAUCCUAAUAUGGCUGAUUCUCUAUGUGGAAAAGGUAAUUAAAUAAUUAUUAUAUAUAUAAGGUGAUGCUUUGUAAUUAUUCGAUAAACAUUAGAAAGCAAUCUAAUGGUAUGAUCGAGCAUUGAGUAUAGCACCAAAUCAUGUUCCAAGUUUAGUUGGAAAAGGUAACUUAUUAUUUUGAUCAAAUUUAUAGCUAAAGCACUUUAUCAAUUAGAAAUAGAUUUUAAUAAAUUUGCAAAACGUAUUGCAAUCUUUAAUUUUAUAUCUAGCAAAACUCUUAAAUAAAUAAAAGACAGAAUCUACUCUCAAUCAAAGAGGUAUUACACACAAAUUAUUUUUCAUAAUAUAGAUUCAUUAGAAAAGUAAAAGCUUGAAUAACGUUUCAAAGAUAAAGGUAUUAAAUUAUAUAUCUCUUAUUAGAAGAUCAAAAUAAAGAAAAAAUUGAAAUUCGUCUUAAAGAAAAAGGUACUCUUUAAAUAUUAUAAAAUAGAAAAGAUUAAUUUAAACAAGCAAUAAGAAGCUCAAUUAAAUGAUAAAGGUAAUCAUAAUUAAUAUUCUUAAGCUAAAGCAUUACAUUAAUAUAAAAUUGAAACAUUACUUCAAGGAAAGAGUAUUCUUCUUUUUAAGAUUUUAGCUAAACCUAAACAUUAAAUUGAGUUAGAGUAAGAAAUUGAAUUAGAACUAGAAUCUUAAAGGUACUUUGAUUAGGCAUUGUCAAGCAAACCUAAUCAAAUAUAGGCACUUACUGGAAAAGGUAAUGAUCUUUUAUUUAAAAUUAGGACUUUGCAUUAAUACUUUUUCUAAAUAAUUUGAUGCUGAAAUUAUUAUAAAUAAAGCCCUAUCUUUACCAUCUAUUUAAGGUCAUAAUGAUAAACAAUCUGAUAUUUAUGCAGCAAAAGGCACUUUCUUGAUUAAUUUUAGGGGAUAUUUUAUUAAAUCAAUAAAAAUAUGCAGAAGCCAAUAAUUUUUAUGAAAAAGCAUUA